CUGCUGCUGCUAGGUGUCAGCUCUCAGAAUGUUACAAACACGUCUCUUGCAAACCCAGGAGAAAAUGGGCAGAACGUCACAAUUACAGCCAGCAGCAAGACGAGUGGGACCACAGGACCUACAGAUCACCUAAAAUCCCCAUCACCCACCCCUACGAUGUCCUCUGCCAGUGUUCAGGGGACCACCUCUACAGACAACAUGGGAACCCCACACUCCAUCUCUGCAACACCAUCUGUUGCAGUUCAAGGGACCGUCUCCACACACAACCCGGGAAACCCAUCACCUACCCUCGCAACAUUGACUGGCCCGUCUCAGCAGGUCAACCCUUCCACUGGCUCCAGAGCCUCAGCAACCACCCCUCCAGCUCCAACUUCCAGCAUCACCCCUCCAGCCAACUUAGGAAGCCUGGCAAACACCACUAUUGCCAGUCCUUCAUCCAUUCAUGUGAGCAGCUCUCCAGCAGCCCUCACACCCACUCCCAGCGUGGCCACUCAGGGAAGCCAGCCUCUGGACCAGGUGACCAACACCACUGCGAGUACAGGAGACCCAGGGAGCAACCUUCCCCCUGGGCCCAAGGACGAUGCUGUCUCUUCUGCCAUACCCGCCACCAAGCAGCCUCACUCUUCUUCCAGUUCUCCAGUUCAGGGACUGGCCUCUUCCAGCAGACCUGGAAGCAUCAGCCCUUCUGUUACCCCUUUUGAUGGAUCCGUGUCUCUCACCACUAGCAAAGUGUCUCCGUCUUUACCACCCGGCAGCAUCGACAAGGUCUCAGAGGCAGCCACCACAUCGACUCCUGGAGCAGGCCAGGAAAGCCAUGACACCGGAUCUGUGUCAACCAAACCUACAAGUGUUGACCAGAGGCCUGCCAGCACCCAGCCAUCAGCCCCAGCCCCGGGGGACCAGACAGUGAGCAGCCGUCCUGGACACCAGCACCCUAACAUUUCAUUCCAAAACGAGUUCUUCUGUAAAGACGAGGUGCAAAAUAAUGGGCCCAUCAUGUAUCUGAAAGAAGCUAAAACCUGUGCUGAGUGGAGGACUGCCAGCAUGAACAUCUCCUUCUUCGAGAGCUUCUGCUCCACAGGCCAGCACGCUUUCAACGCCAGCAGGGAGACGUGCACGGUGACGCUGAGCUCCCCCAGGUCCCCCUCCCAGCAGUGGGCCGUGCGGGCAGUCGUGCACCUCCCUUUGGACCCUGAAAAAGUCCUUGAGGAGCUGAAGGAGAAGAAGGACAAGUUAGAGGAGCUGGGCAUCGCCAACAUCACCUACGACAAAAUGCAGAGGGACUUGAUAAUCAACGAUGAGUUCAGCACACCCCUGAUCAUCACCAUCAUCACCCUGGCUGGCUCCCUGCUGCUGAUCGCGGCCAUCUAUGGCUGCUGCCACCAGCGCUUCUCCCAAAAGAAGGACCAGCAGCGCCUGACCGAGGAGCUGCAGACAAUGGAGAACGGCUACCACGAUAACCCCACGCUGGAGGUGAUGGAGACCUCCUCCGAAAUGCAGGAGAAGAAGGUGAACCUCAACGGUGAGCUGGGGGACAGCUGGAUCGUUCCUCUUGACACUCUUAUGAAGGAGGACCUGGAGGAAGAGGAGGACACACAUUUAUAGGAUACAGAACUCUACCAAGCAAAAAAUCGACCACCACCCCCUAAAAGGAAAAAAAAUAAAAAAUCAUAAUCCCGACAUAAACACACACGCACGCACAACUCCGAAACAAGGCAGAAUUCCCAACGCAACCCAGAAAAUUCCUUAAUGAACUAAUCGUGGCCCCUCGUGCCACCAUGUGGGGUGCAGGAUGGAAGAGGAAGGGACACAAGAAGACGCCUCUGGGGUGCACUGUCAACACAAACCACCACGGUGGCCGCAUCCAGACAAGCAUCCUCCAUCACCCGAGGGUGCUCAGCAGGACCUACCACGACAGACCUGACCAGCCAGGGGAGAAUGAGGUGCCUUUUCUCCCAAAGAGCUGCUGGUGUUUCCUCUGAGUGUAUCCCCUCCCAUCCCACAUCCAACCACGCCAACAGCAUCCUCCAGCUCUAGAGCAACUCAAAAAAUAAGUAAAUGUAAAUAGGAUGGGAAAGGGAGCACAAUUCUCAACAGCAAACCGGCACCUGGCAAUUAGAGCUAGAAAAAUCCUCUGGCCCACACAGCUUAGUCAUCGCUCUGCCCUCCCUGACAUGAAACGCCCAGGUAUCGAGCGGAAAAAUCUGGAACAGCCUGUUUUUUUUAAUCCAGUUUCCAUCCUCUCCCCACAAACUGCCAGCUGAAACGCACAGGAGGCCCACGAACACACCCAGACCCGUCUGGACGGGAGGGAUGCAGCAGUGCCAAGCGAUGCUCAGCCGCGUGCCACCACCAGCUGUGCCACAAAGGGCUGCGGGAAGGAUCCUGCACCCGGCUGGAGACCUGGAGAGGUGCAGCAGCUGCUUGUAUCGAUGCAAAGGGAAGGGAGAGGAAAAGGAGUUAUUCCUUGAGUUCAUUCUUCCUAGGAAGGGUUUAGUGAGACCCAGAGCGAUGCCUGGUCACUAGCACACGCAUGAAGUCGGGGGUUUCAGGGUGCAGGAGCGCAGCUCCAGCGCAGACCAGCUCUGUUGCUGCAUUUCCCUACAGAAGCACUGAUUGCCUUUCAGUAAUUAUGCAGCAGCAUCUCACAGCCCACAGCCAUCAUCUCCCGAGACCGUGGGUUACAUGCACCAUGAUGGUUUGUGAUUUUUGUGGUCAUGUUUUCCUGCGUGAGCAGCAGAAGAUAUAAAAGAGGAACAGAAGCAUGAGCCACGUAGCUUGGUGGCAUUCAGGGUUUUCCAUUGGUACAGCCCUUGGUGUUUCCUCCCCACGAGGUUUAUAAGCUCAGUCCGCACUCUCAAGCUCUUCUUCAAAAGCCAGUAAAAUAACAGAGGCCUGCAAAGACAUUUCCAGCUCAGCAGCGAAGCUGGGACUGAGCUUUGUCCUGCAGCCCUUGGUUUCUUGCCCAGUUCUCCCUUUGCCAUAAGUCUCUGGAGGGGAAAAGAAAAAUAUGUGGGAGCAGGAAGUGGCUGGACCGAGGCCAUCUCUGUUUUUCUGCUCCCCAACAGAGCUCUUAAAUGGUUUUAAAAGGAUGGGGGGAGUUUCACACCUUUGCUCUGGCUUUGGUGAAGCAGCUUAGCCCUGGCGGAGGCAGGGAUCAGAGCAGGGCUCCAUCCUCCAGCACAUGGGAGGGAGAGGACCAGGCUUGGGCAAGUGCAUGUCCCAUCACGUGAGGAUGGUGAUGGUCCCGAGGCCUCGGCAAGCCAGAGGAGCUGCAGAUGAAGAGUGGUGCCCGAGUACAGCCCUUCCUCUCCCCUACUUGUCAUAAACCGUGUAUUCGAUGCACAAAGGGGUGAUUUCCUUCAGGCUGUGCCACCAGGUCAUCACGAUGGGGUUCUGCUCCCAUGGCUGCUCUGAACAAGAGGAGAAGCGGAGUUGAGCAAUGGAAAAACUGGGAGAAACCCAGCUCGGGUCAGUCCUCAGGAGUGCUCACAAAGGAAAGGGUCGGGGUGGUUUGCUCGGCCCCAGGACAGAAGCUGGCAGAAGAUAUGUCUUUUCGAAGGGACUGGCUCUUCUCCCUUCUCUCCUGUACCCAAGGGCAGAGUUUGAAGCGUUCAAACGGAUAUAUUUUUGUAUGUAAAUAUUCCUGCUAUUCAUGAGCAAUGUAUUCAGCACACUUCGCUUACCUGUGCACUGCACUACGGGGAAGUAAUUUUGUAGGGGUGGGUGGGGUGGGGGGGUGGAAUUUAAAACAAAACAGGGAAAAAAAUUACAACAAACAGAAAGAAAAAGCUAAAGGCCAGUCUGGUAGGGGAUCAAAAUUCAACGCAACGCUGGAAAACACCUCCCGCCCAGAUAACCCCACGCCAUGGCUUUGUCCCCAGCAUCAAGCCCGGCUCUUUAACGUUGCAGCAAGGCUCAAAGAACCGGUCUCGGCAUUUGCAAUUGUGUUCGUGAGCGUGUUUGCUUCCCAGUUGCCCCGAGAGAUGGUCAGCAGGCUGGUGACCUCACGUUUCUAUCUUUCACAGAGAAUAAAUGUGGUGAAAACACGGGGCAGCAGCGAGGCUUUGGCCUCCAGGGCUGCCGUUGCUGUAAGGACACCCCUGGCAGAGCAUCUCCAGGCAGUCGGGUUUUGGCAUGUGCCUAAAGAUCCCCCUUCCCAGCAAAGAGAUGCCAAAGUGCUUUAAUGAAUCAGGUCCAAAGACUUUCCAAGAGAACCCGACAAAGGCUUGAGAUCGAGCAUCCUUAAAUCUUCCGAGCAGAGACCACUGAAGAUAUUAACUGCUCAGCAAGUGCUUAUAGUGAUUUAUAUUUGAAUAGGAAUUGUACAUUUAUUUAUUUUUCCAGACACCGUAUUUUUAAACCACUAAUAUUUUAUAGUAGCUUUUCCUUCCCCUAUUUAAAGAACUAUUUCCAUGGGAAAAACAGUACUUUUUUAUGUUGAGAACAUUCUCUUUGAAAAAAAAAAAAAUCAGGUAGGAAAUGCAGUGAUGAGCAUCUUUGGCCUUAACCCUUCCCUUUGUAGACUGUAGCCAUAGUUGUUAGACCAAAAAUAAUAAUUAAAAAGAAAAAAAUCUACCCAGGCAUUUCCCCUCCCUCCCUGCCCCACCUCCCUCCCCUGCACUCCUCUUCUCUCCCUCAAAACAGCUUUAACAUCCGACACGUUGUACAAAGAGAUUAUUGCUCUUACCUUUUGGUGAGGAGUUUUACAAGCAGCUCAGAUGUCCUUGCAAGAGACUUUUCUAUUUUCGGAUUCACGAGGAAUGUUGUAACUACUUUAGGACCAUUUAUCUCCCGCUCACAGUGCCAUGACCCAACUGAUGAGGUUGAUACUGUGACUGUUGCCUACGGAAGACAUACAGCAGAAGAUAUAAUCCAUGAGGGACUGCAGAGGGAGAACUUAUUUCCCAAGGCGGCCACCCGUUGAACCUUGCCCAUAUACUAGAGCUCUUACGUACUGUAUAGCAGCAUCUCUCACGGGGACAGGAGUCUGAUUUACACUGGAAUUUACUGAGGAACUGGAUUGUAGAGAUUAUUCUUGCAUUUUCCUACAAAUAUAUUUUGAAAGCAUCAUGUAUUUCUGUCAAUAAACCUUCUUAUCUAAAA